AUGUGUGGGAUCCACGUCGUCGUUUCUCGCGACGGCUUCCAGUCACUGCCAGCGGCUACGCAGGCCUGCCUGUGCAAUCGCGGUCCAGAUCAUCUCGGCGAGGUUCAAUCUCAGAGCGCUCCUGUUGAAUCUGGUUCAAACCCAGUCUUCUUGAACUUUACAUCGACCGUACUGGCCUUGCGUGGCGACCACAUCAUCAAGCAGCCAUUCCGCGACGCGUCUUCGGGGUCCGUCCUCUGCUGGAACGGCGAAGCAUGGAAAAUUGGGAGCGCACCCGUUGAAGGCAAUGACGGCGAGGCGAUAUUCGCACUGCUCACAGCAGCGAGUAACCGCGACGCCAACGAGGACGCAGUCUUGGACGUCUUACGCAGCAUCGAGGGGCCUUUCGCGUUCGUCUACUACGACGCGACUGCGUGCCGUGUCUACUACGGUCGCGACCGCCUAGGCCGACGGUCCUUGCUACUGAAUCAAGGGGAGGAUCUACGGCUGUCCAGCAUUGCUGAGAGCACGUCGCCGGCAUGGGCUGAGGUGGAGGCGGAUGGCAUCUACGUACUGGAUUUGGCCGGAUGGAGCCGUGACUCGAGUAGCCCACCUUCCCCUCGGUCAUGGACGCCAGGUGAGACGGAGACGGUCCUCAACAUCGGUGUCUUUAACAUGGCACUGCCACCUUCAAACAGUCAACCGCUGUCAGCAUCGUCACCGUCGGUUCAGGCUGUACGGCAGCAGUUGACAGAAUCUCUCAAGCUGCGCGUCCUGGACAUCCCAGAACCGCCGGCUCACGAGGCGAACAAUGACACGCGGGUCGCUGUGCUGUUUUCCGGUGGGCUAGACUGCACGGUCCUGGCGCGCAUGGCUAGCGAUAUUCUGCCCUCCGAACAAGGCAUCGACUUAAUCAAUGUCGCCUUCGAGAACCCUCGUUUAGCAGCAAAGGCCGAACAGUCCUCCGAUGGCCUGAGCCUUUACGAGGCGUGCCCGGACAGGAUAACUGGCAGGAAGUCAUUCGCCGAGCUGGCCGCUAUCUGUCCGGCCCGGCGAUGGAGGUUCGUUGCCGUGGAUGUUCCCUACCAAGAAGUACUUGCCCAUCGGAGCCAAGUGAUCUCCUUGAUGUACCCCCACAACACCGAGAUGGAUCUCUCUAUUGCCUACGCCCUCUACUUUGCUGCCCGCGGCGUGGGCAUGUCGCAAUGCCACCCAUCAGAUGCGUCUGCAUCUUACGCCACGCCUGCGCGAGUCCUUCUGUCCGGUCUCGGUGCCGAUGAACUCUUCGGCGGCUACGUGCGACAUGCCACUGCCUUCUCGAGGAGAGGCCACUCGGGUCUCCUCGAUGAGCUAAAGUUGGACGUAAGCCGACUCGGAAAGCGGAAUCUGGGACGCGAUGACAGAGCCAUGGCCCACUGGGGUCGCGAGGUGCGGUUUCCUUACCUCGAUGAGGAGUUCGUCAAGUGGUCGAUCGAAACCCCGGUCUGGGCAAAGUGUGAUUUCGGCUUCACCGAAGCAGAUGCAGAGAUUGAGCCCGGGAAGAGGGUGCUGCGGCUGCUUGCUGAAGCGCUCGGCAUGGUCUCAGUUGCCCGGGAGAAGAAGAGAGCUAUCCAGUUCGGCUCAAGAACAGCCAAGAUGGAGAGCGGGAAGACCAAAGGGACCACGCUUAUUGCUCCUUGA